AUGAGCAAUCAAGAGAAUGUAUCUGCUGUCACUGUCCCGGGUAAUGUCCGUGUCAUCCAGCCUACAUAUGCUGUAGUCUCUGGAACACAGGAACAGCCUUUGGCAAAGACCACCACCUAUCCAGCCUCAGCAACAGUGCUCCAGUAUAACCCAAAGAGUGUAAACUUCCAGAACCCACAUAUUGUGGUCCAGAACGCAGCUGCAAUGACCGGCCUACAGGCUAGGCCCGCUGGACUACAGUAUCCAGCAGGAAUGGCUGGUGUGCAGACUCCCCCAGGAGUAAUCCAGUAUUCAUCAGAAACAACAAGCAUCCAGAUCGUGCCUGGAGACCCUCAGAAUCCCCUGAACACUGUCCCCGGAGCAACACAGACCUCAAGCCAUCCCCAGUGGAACAUGUCCUUUAUGUCCUUUCAUGAAUUUAAUCCCAAGAAAUUCAUAAAUGAAGAGGUCAGAACAUUAGGGGCCAUCCAGAUCCUCAUUGGCCUAUUUCAUAUCUUCUCUGCAGUCAACCCUCAACUCUACAGUAAUUCUUCUUUGCUGGGGUUAUCAGGGUACCUGAUCUGGGGAGGUCUGUCUUUUGUCAUCUCUGGAUCCUUGUCAGUCUUGGCUGAAAAGGAUGCCAACAGUUGUGUGGUGAACGGCAGCAUUGGCAUGAAUGUCGUCAGUUCCAUCCUCUCCUUGACUGGUAUCAUUAUUAUCAUCAUAGAUUUGUGUGUUUACAACUCCAGUAACAAUUUUCUGUUGAGUUCUAUGAAGGCAAUCUCUGGUAGUCUCCUCCCCUUCGCACUCCUGGAAUUCAUCCUCACCUGUGUGGUCUCACAUUUUGGAUGCCAGGCUGUGUGCUGGACCCAUUUUGAGAACAUGACAAUCCCAACCAUGUUUGGUGGCACCACAGUCAACACGACCACUGUACCUGUCAACACCACCAGCCCAAACAGUGCCACCAACAUCCCAGGCCAGCCCACCCUCCCCAGUGAUGCUCCCCCUGAACAGUUAUACCAAGAAGUAGAUCAUGCCCAGACAUAG